CACCCUGCUGGGCGUCGUACCCCACCCCUACCACUAUCCUACUACUACUACCCGACACUCAGUCAGAGAGAGAGAGAGAGAGAGAGAGAGAGAGAGGAGAAGAGGAGAAGCAACAGCAGCUCUAGAGAGAGAGAGAGAGAGAGAGAGAGAGAGAGAGAGAGCAGAGAGAUAUUCAUAAUAAUAUAUGUAGUAACAGUGAUUCCUCCUCCCCCUGCCCAAAAAAAUCUAGGGAUACCGCCGGUGGCCGCCGCUGCGGGGGCGAUGAGCUGAGGGCCCCCAUGGGCUGCGCCUUCGCCAAACCCUCCUCCCCCGCCCCCUCCUCCUCCUCCUCCUCCUCUCGCCGGGAUCAUCCCUCGCGCCGCCGCCAGCGGUCGAACCCUAGGCCCGGCGGCGUCCCCGGCGGCGCCCACGGUGAGCAGGUCGCCGCCGGCUGGCCCGCGUGGCUCGUCGACGUCGCCGGCGACGCCAUCAAGGGCUGGACCCCUCGCCGCGCCGACUCCUUCGAGAAGCUCAACAAGAUAGGGCAGGGGACCUACAGCAACGUUUACAAGGCGAGGGACACGAUAACGGGAAAAAUCGUGGCGCUGAAGAAGGUGCGGUUCGACAAUCUGGAGCCGGAAAGCGUGAAAUUCAUGGCAAGGGAGAUCCUGAUAUUGCGAAAGUUGGAUCACCCCAAUGUGGUGAAGUUGGAGGGGCUCGUGACGUCGAGAAUGUCUUGUAGUCUCUAUUUGGUGUUUGAAUACAUGGAGCAUGACCUUGCUGGCCUCGCAGCCGGUCCUGAUAUCAAGUUUACACUUCCUCAGGUAAAGUGCUAUAUGCAUCAAUUGCUGUCGGGCCUCGAGCAUUGCCACACUAGGAAUGUGCUGCAUCGGGACAUCAAGGGCUCGAAUCUUUUACUAGACAAUGGUGGUUUACUUAAAAUUGCAGAUUUUGGGUUGGCUACAUUCUUUGAUCCUAACCACAAGCAUCCCAUGACUAGCCGGGUAGUCACGCUUUGGUAUCGGCCGCCAGAGCUCCUCUUGGGUGCGACUGAUUAUGGCGUGGGCGUAGACUUAUGGAGUGCGGGCUGUAUUCUUGCAGAGUUAUUGGCUGGGAAGCCUAUUAUGCCCGGACGUACUGAGGUAGAGCAAUUACAUAAGAUUUUCAAGCUGUGUGGCUCUCCUUCAGAGGAAUACUGGAAGAAAUCGAAGUUGCCACAUGCUACGAUAUUCAAACCACAACAUCCAUAUAAACGGUGCAUAAAAGAGACAUUUAAAGAUUUUCCACCAUCAUCAUUGCCAUUAAUUGAGACUCUCCUUGCAAUUGAUCCAGCUGAACGCAAAACUGCUACUGCUGCUUUGAGAAGUGAAUUCUUCACAACUGAACCUUAUGCAUGCGAUCCAUCGAGCUUGCCGAAGUAUCCUCCAAGCAAGGAGAUGGAUGCUAAAUUGAGGGAUGAAGAAGCUAGAAGAUUACGAGCUGCCACGAAGGCCAAUGGUGGAGAUGCAGGGAAGAAGACACGAACGCGUGAUCGAGCUCAUAGGGCAGUCCCGGCCCCCGACGCUAAUGCUGAACUCCAAGUAAACCUUGAUAGAAGGCGUCUCAUAACACAUGCAAACGCAAAGAGCAAGAGCGAGAAGUUUCCGCCGCCUCAUCAGGACGGGGCGGUCGGCUACCCGUUAGGCUCUACCCGUUACAUGGACCCGACCUUCGACCCACCGGAAGCUUCCUUCAGCACAGUGUUCCUCUCCCAGAAAGGCGACGCAGUCGCUCAAUCUGGGCCGUUGGUUGACUCGGCUGCUGCCGCCCACCAUAAAAAGAAAAAGCAGACUGCGGUAUAUUCUAAACAGCUUCCGGGUGCUCAUUCCCUUAAAGACAUACAAAAAGACAAGGGCGGCAUUCGCGUCAGGUAGAAUUCAAACACGUCCUUGAUUUAUUUCAUCCAGAAUAUAGGGGCCACCUCUUUAAUUUAGAUGGGCGCAGCAAUAGAUUGUUCUCUAGUUCUCUCUUCUUUUUUUUUCGUUUCUUCUCUCUCCUUUUUUUUUUUAGGUAAUGCCUUUUAUUUCUGUUCAAUUUGGUUGGAUGAAUAGUGAUUAGUGUUUGCAGAAUGAGGAAAAGCUUCCUCUUAGUUUGUAUAUUCAAUUCUUUUCUUUCUUAUUCCGAGUAUUGAUAAUCGAACGAACGAAUGCUUCGGCAGAUACGAAAUAAUAAAGUGCUUUGUUAUUUCACUUA